GUCUCGUCGCGCCUGAGCCUCAGCUCGAUCGAUCCAUCCAUGGCCUCGGACCAGACCCUCCCACUACCUCCACUCCCCGCCCCGUCCAACCCUAACCAGAUCCACACCACCCCGACCGCACCGCUCCCGGGAGACGACUCGACACCGCCCCCGCCCCCCACCGCCUCCUCCGCCGCGCGGAAGCUCCCCAUCAAGCGCCGCUCCCCGCCGCGCCCCUCCGCCUCGCCGACCUCCUCCGGCGCCAACCCCGCCUCCCCCAACCCCGCCUUCAAGUUCCAGCGCAUCUGGUCCGAGACCGACGAGCUGCGCUUCCUGCAGGGCCUGCUCGGCUGCGGCCCGCAGGGCCAGGGCCUCGCCUUCCCGCGCGACCUCAACGUCUUCUACGACCAGUUCUCCGAGUCCAUGCCGCAGCCCUACACGCGCUCCCAGCUCUCCGAGAAGCUGCGCCGCCUCAAGAACAAGCACCGCGCCGUCGCCGCCCGCGUCGCCAAGGGCCUCGACCCCGCCCGACUCGCCCCGCACGACCGCGACGUGCUCCACCUCUGCUCCCGCCUCUGGGACCCCGCCUACGCCGCAAACUCCCCCUUCGCGGGCCCCGACAGCGCCAACAAGCGCCGACGCGCCAACCCCCAGGGUCAGGGAGGAGGAGCGCCGCUCGACCUCCUCCCAGCCCCCUCCGGAGAUAGUAGCUACAACGGGGGGAUUACCUCCUCCGCCGCCGCUCCGGGCGCCUUCCCGGAUGAGAUGUACCUCGAGCAGGAAAGCGCCCAAAACAACCUUCCCUAUUUUGACCACCAAGGUGUUGCUCCUCUUGCAGCUGACCCCAGCCUUGAUGGGGUUGCCAUGUCUCAACCCAGCGAGACCGUCCAUGCUUUUGACAAUCAAGCCGUUGCUGCUUUCACCAACAUCGCGCACAAUGGAGCUGCAAUGGUUGCAGACAACGGGAACUGCAAGGUAACGCCGCCACGCAGCAACGACCACCGCGUGGCGAGCGCCGUCCUGGAUAUCUUCGAGGAGUGUAUGAGGGAGGCCAAGGCCGAAGGAGCAACCUGCGAUGCAAACGCAGAGGAAACCGAACUUGCCAAGCGGUGGAGGCAGCAGAGGAUUGAUGAGCUCGAUGUGCUGAGCCGAAGGCUCAGGUUGAUCAUUGAAGAUACUACUACUGCAGCAGGGCACUGAAGUGGGUGAGAUCUCUCUAUUUUAGCGACAUGCUUCCACUCUUUGCCGCUAUGUAUAGAAAGCUAUCGUACCGUGCUAUGCUUGUGUAGCUCAUUGCUCUGCUUGAGCCUAGCUUUGGCCGGUCUAUCAUGAUUUAUGCCUAUGUAACGUCACUACGGAUAUUGUUGUUUCGUUCAAAUAAUUUAAUUAUCUUGUCAUCGCAAUAAUACCAUGUGGUUCCAGCAUUACUCUUUAUAUAUCUUCCUGCUGCUUGUA